AUGAACUCUUCAUCACUGUGUUACUUCCACAAUAUUCAAAGGAAUAUUACUUUUAGGCUGAAAACCGCAAUAUUGUGUAACCGCAAUCGAUAUGUGCAUUUCCCAUCAAAACCUGCUGUACAUAACACUAUUAGAACUCCUAUUAAUAAGGAGAUGAUAUCGAAUGCAUGGACAUUUAAUUACACCAAAAAUGAAGGCAAUAAGAAACGUGUAAUAAGGGAAGAUAAUCCUCAUGAUACCAAAGUUACAAAAUGGGCUAGUUAUACCUUACCGAUCCAGCCAAGGGAGCAAGCAGGUAAAUCUGUGGUAAAUGUAAGAAAUAAUGCUUCUUUUAAGACCCCAGGUUCACAAAACGAGCCGGUCAAGGCAGCAGCAUCGACGUCUAGUGGCAUUUCUGUUGGUAGUUCUGUUGGCAAAAAAGAUAAGGUUCGUAGGAAGUUAAGACCAAGGAAAGCCUUAAUAACGCUGUCGCCCAAUGCGCUUGUUCAUUUAAAAGCAUUAUUAGAUCAACCAAAUCCUAAAAUGAUUAGAAUAGGUGUGCGUAACAGGGGUUGUUCAGGGCUCACGUAUGACUUGCAAUACAUUUCGGAGCCCGGUCAAUUUGAUGAAAUAGUUGAGCAAGACGGAGUUAAGGUUGUUAUUGAUUCCAAGGCAUUAUUCAGCAUAGUGGGCAGUGAAAUGGACUGGGUUGAUGAUGAGUUAUAUUCAAGGUUUGUCUUCAAAAAUCCUAACUCCAAAGGAACCUGCGGAUGUGGAGAAAGCUUUAUGGUAUAA